GUUAGCCUAAGCGGCACAGCUUGGGCUCUUGUGUCAUAAUGAGCCUGAUCGCUGAAAACAUUAAAAUGGCCAGAGUUGGUCUGCUGGUUUUUAUUGUUUGUUUUCAACUGGGGACACAUGGACUGAGUGUUGCGAUUACAGAAGACAACACAGAAACAGUGUUUGUCUCUCAGCAGACGGCACAUGUGGUGCUCAAACGCCAACGGAGAUUCAACAGUGGCCGUCUAGAGGAAAUCAUUCAAAAGGCUAACCUGGAGCGAGAAUGUAGAGAGGAGCAAUGCACCAUGGAGGAGGCCAGGGAGUGGUUCGAGGAUGAUGAAAAAACCAUGGAGUUCUGGUCUUCCUACACUGACGGUGACCAGUGUGAGCCAAAGCCCUGCCAAAAUGGAGGAGCUUGUCAGGAUGGAGUAAACUCUUAUAUCUGUUGGUGCAAACCAAACUUUGGUGGGAAAAACUGCGAAACUGAGAUGACCAGACAGUGUUCGAUCAACAACGGCGGGUGUUCACAUUUCUGCACAAUGCAAGGACAGCAGCCUGUGUGUCAGUGUGCAGCUGGUUACAAACUUGGAACAGAUCAAAAAAGCUGCGAGCCAACAGGGCUGUUCAGUUGUGGCAUUGUGAGCCUGUCCUCUGGCUCUGUCGCCCGAUCUAUCAGGCAGACACGAUCAUCAAACACACAAAGCUCCAUUACAAUGCCACACAAUUCCACCAUCAGUCGACAUGAUUACGACUAUGAUUACUAUGAAGAAUCUGAGAACUACCUCGACCCUCCAACCAACAAAACAGACGCGUUCAACAGCUCAUCAGAUUCUGUGUUAAAUGUGAGAUCAGUACGGUUGGGUUCGAGUUCCCUUGACGAAGUGGAGACUGGUAACAUCAGCGCAACGCAUGGUCGCAGCAUAGUUCCCCCACGAAAGCCUUCAUGGGGUUUCCCCAUGCUGCCCAACGUCACAGCUGAGCAGAACUCAGACCAGAGGAUUGUAGGAGGGAAUGAAGCAACACCUGGAGAGAUACCUUGGCAGGUGGCCCUGAUGGCUUUUGUACAAAGGCAUAACAAAGUGCAGCCUGUCUGUGGCGGCUCUCUGCUUAAUGAAUAUUGGGUGAUCACUGCAGCCCACUGUCUGGUGCUGGCCAAAGGGGCAGGACAGAAUAUUUCCGUCAGAGUUGGUGAACACGACGUGAAUGUGGUCGAGGCUACGGAGAGCGACCAUGAAGUGGCAGAGGAGCACAUGCACCCCCUUUAUGAAUUUAAGAAGUCCCAGUUUAAUCACGACAUUGCCCUGCUGAAGCUUGCCACACCUGUGGAACUGUCCAAUGAGAGACGUCCCAUCUGCGUGGGCCCGAAGAGCUUCGUACAGAACCUCCUGAGAGAGUCCAGAGGCUCCUUGGUGAGCGGCUGGGGACGGAUAAGGGGUAUGGGCCUCGAAGCCGACAAGCUUCAGAAGAUAACGGUCCCUCUCGCGGACCGUACGCUAUGCAAACAGAACAGCCAGGAACACAUCACCCGUUUUAUGUUCUGUGCCGGCCUUGCAGACGGAUUGACUGAUGCGUGCCAGGGGGACAGCGGUGGGCCGCAUGCCACCAACUACAAGGGCACUUGGUUCCUCACUGGCAUUGUAAGCUGGGGGGAGGGCUGUGCCCAGAAGGGACGAUUCGGCGUGUACACCAGAGUUUCCCGGUACUACAAUUGGAUUGUUCAGACAACAGGGAUCUUAGGGGCCAACUGAAAAUUGUGGUUUAGCUCAUCAAGGAUGUUUUAAUUUGUCUCUUUUUUUCAUCAUAAGCGAGUGACAUCUUGCCUGAAGUGAAUAACACCCUUUGUUCCUUCAUUUGGAAUAAAACCAGAUGUGUUAGAGGAUGAAGCUAACAGGUAGUCUGAAAAUGACCAACAACAAAGGGGACUUGUACUGUCUAAAGCAACUCUGAUCUCAGUCUGCUGCUUUACAUGGCCUGUAGGCCUACUCAGUUCAAGCUUCACACCAGAAUGUCAGCGAUGGCGGAAGACCUCCAAUCUCCGUCUCCUGCAUUAAUAAUUAUUUCCUACUGAUAAAUUAACCGGCCAAUACAAACAUGAUGAUUAAUGGUUCAUAAAACAGCAUUCACAUAAACUGCUGUGACCUUUUUGAGACUGGAGUUGGCAGAAGUCCUCUUUGUCUUGGCAUCCUUCAGACAAGCGAUUCCCUGAAACCCCUGGGAUCAACUAAUAUGGCUUUAUACUAAAGGAAAAACCCCAGACAGUCAUGUAUUAGGACACUAACAGAGCUAUCCCUUUAAGAAUCAUGUAGUGUUUUAGAUUAAGGUUUUGUUCAAAUGAAUUCUGACACUUCCAACCUGUUGUUGGUGAAGAUUCUCAGUCAUCUAGGCCAUGAUCAAUCCAAAAAAAGGUUAAAAAAUCAAACAACUGGACUUCUAUUCUGAAGCUGAAGACAUUUUGCUUCCCAUUCAGGAGGCUUUCUCAAUUUAAAAUGUAUUUAGCUUUACAGAGCUGCUGGCGAGGCCUACAUAAGAAUCGAGAAAAGCCACAUAAAAAAACGACAUAAAGCGAGAAAAACAACAACUUUGAACUUACAACACAACAAUAGGUUUGAUUCCUGCCAAGUUUCUCCCCAAUUCACAUCUCCAUGCAUGUGACCACAGCAUUCCUCCUGUGAGCCUAAUGACUCUCCAUUAUGAGGGCCGAUCAGCAAAUCUAAGCCCUAACGAGAUCUCGUCAGCAGGUCUAUAAUGUUGGAACUUCACACUACUCCAGACAUUUUGAACUGAGAAAGCUUCCUGGAUGGGAAGCGAAACGUCUUCAGCUUUAGAAUAGAAGCCCAGUUGUUUUAUAUGUUUAACCUUUUUUGGAUUGAUCAUAACCUGGAUGACUGAGAAUCUUCACUAAAAUAUUCCUGAUUCAUUGUUUUAAAAUAGAUUCUUGCCAACACAUCUUUUAUGUAUGCAGCAGCUUCUGUGUUUAUUGAAAUCCAUGGUUUCAGUGUAUAAAACACCUUAUAGCAAA